CCUUUAUGUUGGAAAGUGAAAGAAGCUAUUUUAGUUAGCAGCAACAGUGGCAAAACACUGAGGAAAGUGAUAAGAGUUGGAGUACUACGAAGAUUGAUUAGACAAGAAAGAAUGGAGAUGGAGCUACCAACCGAAAAUCCUUAUGACUACUAUGACUAUGGAGACUCAGAAAACUCCAGCAUGUGUGACUACUCUGAAUGGGAGCCUUCGUAUGCUGUCGUCCCAGUGCUCUACAUGUUGAUCUUCAUCCUUGGCCUCUCUGGAAAUGGAGUGGUUAUCUUCACUGUAUGGAGAGCCCAGGGCAAACGACGGGCAGCGGAUGUCUACAUUGGCAAUCUGGCUCUAGCUGACCUCACAUUUGUGGUCACCCUUCCUCUGUGGGCAGUAUAUACUGCUCUGGGGUACCACUGGCCCUUUGGGGUGGCCCUCUGUAAGAUCAGCAGUUAUGUGGUCCUCCUGAACAUGUAUGCCAGUGUUUUCUGCCUCACCUGUAUGAGCUUCGACCGCUACUUGGCCAUCGUCCACUCUUUGUCCAGCACGCAACUACGCACCCGAGGUCACAUGCGAGCCUCCCUGACAGCUAUUUGGCUCCUGUCUGUACUACUGGCAGCCCCAACUCUUAUCUUCCGCACCACCAAACAUGAUGUGAGAAGUAACCGCACCUCCUGUGUCAUGGACUUUAGCCUUGUAGUGACAGAUAAGAAACAGGAGAAUCUGUGGGUCGCAGGCCUCAGCAUAUCCUCCUCAGCCCUGGGCUUUCUUCUGCCUUUCCUGGCAAUGAUGGUCUGUUACUGCUUCAUUGGCUCCACAAUCACCCGCCACUUCAACAGUCUACGCAAGGAGGACCAGCGCAAGCGGAGGCUGCUAAAGAUAAUCACCACACUGGUCGUGGUGUUUGCUGCCUGCUGGAUGCCGUUCCAUGUGCUGAAGAGUGCCGAUGCCCUUUCUUACAUAAAAUUGGCUCCUGAUACCUGCACCUUCCUAAGCUUUCUUCUGGUGGCUCACCCCUAUGCUACCUGUUUGGCCUACAUCAACAGCUGCCUUAACCCCUUCCUUUAUGCCUUCUUUGACCUGCGCUUUCGCUCUCAAUGUCUGUGUCUGCUCAGCCUGAAGAAGUCUUUGCAUGCCAGCCCUGCUAGCUCACAGUCCUCCCAAAAGACAGAUGCGCAGUCUCUGGCCACUAAAGUGUGACGACCGGCCAGGGCCCAGAGGCAUGCUGGGGAGCAGGUGAUUACCAGCCAUGCCCUGCCCUCCCCUGAGCAACACAGGUAAAUCCAAACAUUUCAGCAGAGCAGGAUGAAACUGUCUCUGGUCAGUCUUCAGGGUGCUAUGUUCUUCCCUAUAACUGUGUGGACAAAGUAUAUCAGCACAGCUAAUGUUACACGUGACCUGUGUGACAGAAAGAAGAAGUCAAGUUAUUCAUGAAUUUGUUAUGACUACAGACAUCUUGCAACCUCAUUUUCAGUAUUAGGAAGAUUUGGAGUAAAAAUGAACAAUUUCCGACAUGGGACCAACCUCCGGGACAAUUUAAAGCAAACAUUUUAGCCAUUGGAAAGAGAGGAAUGUAUAUGUUAAAUGAACCAUGUGCCAAUGUGUGUCUCUUGGUUUCCUUUAGACUUGAUGUGACUUAUAGAAUUUUGCAUUUUGAAAAUUUGUCAUCUGCUCACGGUGGUGUAUUACUUUUGCAUUUACCUCGGGGUGUACUUGUUUUAUUUGUAUACACUUGGGGUAUGGUAGCCAAUAGGCUACCGUCUCGCCAACAUGAUCUGUGUUACCUGCACAAAUCAACACUGCUGUGUAUGUGUGAUUAGGAAGAGCGAGGCAGUUGGCAGAAGGAGUUGUAGUCCAGUAACAGUGUAGUUAGCAGACAGGCAGGCGUGGAGGAAGGGGUGGAGGAAGGGGGUGGGAAUCCCAGCCAGACAGACAGAUGGCAGCUGACAAAUGUUUUCAGGCGGGUAGAGGGCCCAAUUAAGAGGUGAUUGCUUUGUGUGUGUGUGUGUGUGUGUGUGUGUGUGUGUGUGUGUGUGUGUGUGUGUGUGUGUGUGUGUGUGUGCGUGUGCGUGUGCGUGUGCGCGCACGUGUGUGUGAAAGGAAUCAAUUUGUAUAUGUGUUUGUAAAUUGAAUGUUUGUAAGAAUGACAACUGAGAAAUAAUGUUAAUACACAUUAUAGCCCACUCAGCUCAUGUUUAUGGUUUGUAAUAAUAAAAAAAAAGGUGCUUUGAACCAAAUACUUCUUGCUGUACUCACUCUGUUACUUAUUUUAUCCUGCUGAGUCUUGAUGGAAUGUAUUUUCUCCUAUUCAGUGAACGAGCUUCUUCCUGUUAGGACAUUGCUAAGGGAAGGCGGUCUCCCUCCCAUUGUGUUUCAGGAGGCUAAAAUCAAA